AUGGUGGCAGGAGACCAGCCGCAGGGGCUGCCAACGGGUAGCAAGAACCAGCACCAGCGACGGCUCUCCAAAACCCCCCAUCAGGGGGACUGGAGACCCAUCCGGGACCGCAACACAAGGCGGAAGUCCGGCAAAAAGCUCCAGGCUAUCAUCUGCAUUCUUCUCGUGGAGCUCUGCGAGAGGUUCUCCUUUUUUGGCAUCGUCUGCAAUAUGAUGAUCUUCUGCACGGUGAAGUUGGGCUAUGGGAACUACCUGGCUGCAACGGUGAACCUGUGCUUCGUAGGGGUCAGCACCCUCACCCCGGUCCUGGUCGGCUGGUUCGCAGAAACCUACCUGGGGAGGACUAAGGUGCUCUACUUCUGUGCCUUCCUUCAUUUCUUUGGAACAGCCAUGCUGCCUGUUGUGGCAUUCCCCUUUGAAGACUUCUACAUUGACACCCACCAUAUGACCCACCAACUGAACCGACGGGAGCAGCAGAUCCUAUUCUACACAGGCCUCCUGGCCGCUGCCCUGGGCAUCGGGGGAAUCCGGGCCAUCCUUUGCCCGAUGGGGGCCUACAGUCUGCAGGGAUACAAUCAACACCAGCUUCUGUCCUUCUUUAACUGGUUCUACUGGCUGGUCAACUUGAAUUCCACCAUUGUAUUUCUGGCCAUCGCCUACAUACAGCAGUCCGUCGGUCAGAAUUUGGGAUUCCUCAUCCCCUUCACCUCUGUGCUGCUGGCCCUGAUCGCCAUCCACAUGAUACGUAACAACCUCACCUUUAAGCCAAAGAAAGGGGGUUCACUUCUGACCACAUUUGGAGUUUUUCUCAACUCUGUUAAAAUGUGCUGCCUUCAUUCUCGACACCUGAGUGGAGAUGUCACGUCCUGGCUCGACCGGGCAAAGGAGAACAAUGGGGGACGCUACAGCGAGACCCACGUGGAGAACGUCAAAGUGCUGGCCAGGCUCUUCCCUCUUUACAGCCUGCAGCUGCUGUACAGAGCCUGCAUCACACAGAUAGCUUCAGGCUACUACAUCCAAACCAUGCACUCCAACCUCCACCAUAAAGACUUCCUCUUGCCCAUCGGUCUCAUGAACGUCAUAAGUAUCCUGCCUCUGCUGCUCCUGGCCCCACUCAUAGAGUGUGUCACUACCUGUUACCUCUCUGCGGAGAAGGUUCCCCUUGCUCCUGUCAAAGUCAUCACCCUGGGCCAUGGGUGUGCAGCCUUGUCCAUGCUGGUGGCAGGUCUGAGUGAGCUGCACAGAAAGGCCUACCCCCUGCUGGAGCAGACUCUCUCAGGCAAGGUCUUGUUGGUUUCAUCCAUGCCUUGUUUCCAGCUGGCUCCUCAGUACAUCCUGCUCGGUCUGGCGGAGGCGCUCGUCACCCCGGCUUGUACUCUUAUAUCUUUUCAACUGACUCCUAGUCACAUCAGAGGGAUCUCCCUGCACUUCCUAACUCUGUCCUAUGGAGGGGGCUGUUUCCUCGGGGCACUCAUCACGCAGCUGUUGUAUUUUAUUUCAGGGGGGAACUUCUACCCAUCUUUACCCCAUGAAGGAAAUCUAGAAAGGUUUUUCUUCUCCUUGGCCACAUUAAUGGCCAUAAAUGCCCUGGUGUUCUGGAAGAUAUCCUACAGGUACAUAGACUUGAGUGUCCAGGGCAGGGCACUGACAGUCAGCCCGCUGGCUGAGAAGUUGCUGCGCUACAAGGCCUGUCUGAGGUUUUAUGACACCGUGGAGCACUCCUACGCAAACGCUUCCAUUGAAUCCAUCUUGUGAAUCAUGAAUUCUCUAUGGUUAUGUAGUGCGGGCGCUACAGAACCCUAUAGCUCCAACU